GGCUUCCUUCAAAAGUGCUGCCGCCGCAUGCCGUUGAACUUCAGGCGUUUGGACUCGACAUCAAGUACACCCACCGCGGAAUCAAGAGCCCUCUCCUACAGAUAGGGUCGCUCAGACAAGGGAGAAUGCCCGUCAUGAUCCUCCAAGGACCGACCAUCCAUUCCGUCAUGUCCCUGUUGACAGCCACUCUGCUGUUCGGCAUCUCUGCAGCCAACUUCGUUCUCUUUCCCUACAUGGGGAGCGAUGUCGUCGACGCCGAUAAUGGCUUUGGUAAUACCAGCCCUAUCUCAGACUCUUGUGCCCAAGCACUCAAUGGCACAGUCGAGUGCGAGACGCGACUCCAGUACAUGGUAGGCUCAUUCACACCCUGGAACGACUCUGCCACUUCGUCGGCUCUGUGUGCGCAGACAUGCCGUUCGUCUCUGGACAAUUACCAUUCUACCACAGAGUCCGCCUGCGGUUCCGUGGAUGCCUUCGAUGGCCUUCCAGUUUCAUGGCGAGGAGACCAGAUUCGUGACUAUCUGAACGUCAUGUGCGCCAAAGACUCGGCCUCGGGAGAAUACUGCGUUGAUGUCCGUCAGCAGCAACUUAUUUCGCAUCCCGGGGUUGCUCUACUCGAUCUUCCCCAUGAUGUUCUUUGCUCCGACUGUCAGAUUGCUCUCUGGCGAGCCAUCCAAGGGUCGCCGUACAAUGGUUACGACGACAAUGCCGCAAAGACUUGGACCGCUGUCCAGCUAAAGUGCGGAACAUCAUACCCCACGACAGUGCAGACUGUGAACCUUACACUGCCUGGAGUGGAAACCAACAGCACUGGUACCUCCUGCGCCAGCGGCCACACUUACACGGUCAAGCCUGGUGACACAUGCCACAGCAUUGCCGUCGCCAAUUCCGUAUCAGAAGGCUUGAUCUGGGCCAUCAAUAAUCUGAAGGCUGACUGCGGGUUGCUCGCCGUUGGUCAGGAACUUUGCUUGCCCAAUACCUGCACCACCACGACAAUGUCAGCCAACGAUACCUGUUUCGGUAUCGCCCUUGAUGCCCACGUGAGAUAUUCCGCUUUCCUCAACUGGAACCCAACCAUUGAUUCGGCUUGCUCCAAUCUGAACCCGAAUGGUUCGGUGGUCUGUAUCUCGUCUCCAUACGAGACCUGGAACAACACGGCAAUUCCGGGCACAACGCCAACAAAGACUGCCGAGUACGCAUUAUCGACGUCCCCAGCGCCAGCCCCCACCGCCCACGGCACCACUCUGCAGUGCGGUAGCUGGUAUGUCUGUCUUCCAGGCGACGACUGCGCACGGAUUUCUGUCCAGUAUUCCAUCUCCGUGGACCUGUUCAAUCAACUGAAUCCCUCCGUCGACGAACUGUGCGACAAUCUCCUCCCAGGUUUAGCUUACUGUGUGCUCCCCACGGUAGACUGGGAUGCUGAGGCCAACAAUCCACCACCAGAUAACUCGACCACCGUCGCUCCUCCCGCCCCAACCGAAAGCGGCACGACAAACCAGUGCUAUGUCUGGCACGUCGCGCAGGCAAACGAGACGUGCGAGCUGAUUGCCGCGUCAUUCGGUAUCAGUUUCCAGACGCUGCGAUUCUGGAACCCUUCAAUCGACGAAGACUGUUACAACUUCAACGAAGGCGAAGCCUACUGCGUGCGUGGCGCCGUGUGGCCGACCGAAACUAGCGUCCCAACCGUAACCCCAACAGGCAGUUCACCUCCCUCAACCUCGACCUCCUCGUCGUCGACGUGCUCCAAGACAUACACUGUCGUCAGCGGAGACUACUGCUCCAAGAUCUGGACCAGCUUCGGCCUCUCGGAAGCGCAAUUCCGCGCCCUGAAUCCGUCUCUCAAUGCCGACUGUGACCUCGACAUUGACCAGGUCCUCUGCGUCGCCGGACCCGGCUCCGGGACCACGCCCACGUCAUCACCACCGUCCAGCCAGCCAACCACUACCUCCCCGCCAACAACGUGUGGGAAGACGUACACCGUCGUCGGUGGGGAUUACUGCUAUAAGAUAUACGACGCAAACGGGCUUACCGAGGAGCAAUUUCGCGCGCUGAAUCCGCAGCUGAAUGAGAAUUGCGACUUGGAUGUCGGGCAGGUUGUGUGUGUGGCGCCGCCGGGAGCGGGGACGCCUACGACUACGGCUCGGCCGACGACGACGACGACGACGACGACGCCGGGAGCGGGUUCGUGUAAGAAGACGUAUACGGUUGUUGGGGGGGAUUAUUGCUAUAAGGUUUAUACUGAUAAUGGCUUGACGGAGGCGCAGUUUAGGGCUCUGAAUCCGGGUCUUGAUGCGGAUUGUGCCUUGGAUGUUGGGCAAGUUCUUUGUGUUGCGUAAUUGGUGGUCUGAGGGUUAUGUACAUGGAAGCUUGAGAAAGAUUAGCGGUGGUAUCUUACUAUAACGAGUGAAGUUCAGGGUUAGAUGACCCCAGUGAGAGAAAUAACUGCAGCUAGUCAUGAGAGCGAGAACACAAGU